UGAUGUUUAUGGGACAUCUAGGAGUGCCAAGAAAGAAGCUUGUCAAAGGAGGAGGGCAGCAUGGAGCAGGACUUCCCAGAGAACAUGGAUGACUUUGACUCUGGAUGAGCUGGCAGAGGACGAGGACUUGGAGAGACAGGACUCGUCAUCCAAAGAAAAGUACUCGUCUUCAGGAAGCUCUAAGAAAAUUGGGGGAUUGAGAGUGGUCAACGUUGUGGGAUUUAAACGAGCCUAUGGUUUCCUGAACGAGAUCUUGGCCCUGGCCAAACCCUUCGGUACUGUAGUUCAGCACCUGGUGCUUGACGUGAGCCCUAAGAUGGUCUGCAAUGCUGACUGUGUGAUCAGCAAUGUUGUGGCAAAAUGGCCUGGCUCAGUCCAUGACUCCAGAAUCUUUCGGGCCUCUGAAAUCUAUCAGUGCCUAUCACAAGGUGAAUUCUCUGGUGUGUUGCUGGGAGACAGGGGGUAUGGCUGCCAGCCUUUUCUCCUGACACCUUUCACAGACCCCCAGGAAGCACAGCAGGCCUACAACCAUGCCCAUGCCAGGACCAGGGCCAGAGUUGAAAUGACCUUUGGCCUCCUGAAGGCACGCUUUCACUGCCUUCACAAAUUAAGGGUCAGCCCUGUUAGGGCAUGUGAUAUUACUGUGGCUUGUGCUGUCCUCCACAAUGUGGCCUGCCUGAGGAAGGAGAGGUCCCCCAGAGUGCCACCAGCCAUGGACUGGGACAAUCCGUCAAUCUUCCCUGAUGACGACAGUGGUCGGCUGCUGAGGGACCAAUAUGUGUUGAAUUAUUUUAGUUAGUAUGUGUGCUUUCAAUUUUGGUUAAAUAUGUCCUGCGGUGGCAGAGGAAUUUGUUUUUUUUUGGGUUCGUUUUUUUACGAAUUUGGCCUCUUAUGAUGUUUGUGCGGUAUACUGUGUGUAAUACAAGGCUGCAGGGAGGCUACUGCAUCCAUUCAUUUGUCUGUUCAGUUGAUGUGUAUGGAUUUGUCCUGCAUUUAUUUUAGUGUGCAGACAUGCAGGGUGUGUUAUAUACAGACCUUUGAAUGUGUAUGUAUCAUUUUGUAUAAUAUGCUUGGAUUCUGUGCUUUCCAUCUUGUAGAGUCACUGUGACUUCAGUUUCGAAAGGAGCUGAUGGUUUACCUGCUUUGUUUUGUCCUUAUUCAAUAAAGGAACAUAAUGUUACACAUUGUGUUUUUAUAUUCAUAUGGAAUGUGUAUUUGUUUAUAUGACAGAGUACUAGGGCCACACUGAAGAAAAGGAUAAAGUCAUAAAUUUAUGAGGCUGGUUCUUUCUGCAGAAAAGCUACAUAUUGUUUUGAUACUUAUGACAAUGUGAUACUUAAUAUUCUGGCACAUCAGCAUGUCUUUGUUUAUGAAACCAUACUGAAGUACAAUUUCACGAAAUGCCC